AUGCUUCGACUGUGUCUUCUUUGUUUGAUCAUCAAUAUUCACAGUGCUUUUUCGAAAACGGAUGAAUUCGCCUGCCCAAAAGAUGGUCGAUGGCCUCAUCCAGGAGAUUGUGAAAAAUAUUAUACUUGUAAUACAGGAAUCAGUAUCGAAGGAUGGUGUGGCGGUGGUAUGUCCUAUGAUCCUGAUCAUCAGCGGUGUGACUUAACGAAGAAUAUCGAAUGUCAAAACGGUGAAAGGCCAAACUGGACACCACCAGAAGGCUGGGGGCAAAGUGAAAGUGUAACAGGUUAUGUUGUGACAAAAACAACUUCUCGUACUCCAAGCGAUGAUGAUGAGCACAUUGACGAAAAUCAUGAAGUGACAAAGAAGACACGUGCAUCAAAGAAACGGAAAACAACAGUCAAACCAAUUACUGUUGCUUCAAAGAUCGCACGUGAUCGAGUGACAUUACCCAUAUUCCAGCUUGUUGAAAGUAGCGACUGUACAUUCCAAGGCAAUAUGCCCGAUCCAGAUAAUUGUCAAUUUUAUUACACCUGCCGAGAAGAUGUUGUGACACGUGUUCAUUGUCCAGAGAGGCAGUUAUUCGACGAAGAUCUACGAAUAUGCAAUGAUCAUCGAAAGGUUUUCUGUGGCAAUCGGCCGGUGAAUGAACGUGGCAAUGAUCCAUGUGUUUUUCAAGCAAAUGGCUGGUACGCCGAUCAUGAGAGUCAAUGUGGAUCGUACUAUCUGUGUACUGAACAUCGUAAAACAAAGAUGGGCAAAUGUCUAGGGGGAGCAAAAUGGAAUGCUGCGAAACAUCGAUGUGACGAUCCGAAAAAUGUACUUGCACCUUGUGGACUUCGAAGUAAUCAUGCUGUUUCAUGGUCUCAUCAACAUGAUUUCACUAUGACAAUGAAUCAAAGCGAUGAUGACGGUACCAUGGUCGAUUCUUCAACAACAAAGUCGAAACAAUCAAUAUCAACAUCGGAAAAAGUCAUCUUCAUUCUCGUUUGUCUCUGUAACCUGAUUCAAAAUUCGAUUGUUGGCGGAGCUAACAACGCGAUUAUGACAACACUAGAAUCCGGUUUUUAUAUGACGUCAACAGAAACUGGCUUAUUUCAAUCGGUCUAUGAACUUGUGGCCAUAUUUUCUUACCCAAUUAUUGGAUACUUCGGAGAUCGAAGCCGGAGAAAAGUACGCUGGAUUGCAAUAUCAAUGGGUGUGUUAGCAAUUGGCUUUCUCGUCAUGUCCUUUCCACAUUUACUAGAGUCGAAGCGUGGUAAACCGCCGUUAGAUCCACGCGUUGCUGAUCAUUUAACAUUAUGUAAUCCAAAUCGAACUAUUAGCGUGUGUUCAUUCUCGAAUAAUCUACGAUUUUUAAGUCAUUUAAAAUAUGUUUUCUAUUUAUCGAAUGUUAUCAAUGCAUGCGGAUCUGCUGCACUUCCGACAUUAGCUGUUACAUUGAUCGAAGAUAUAUUCUCACAGGAAAAGGCACCGAUUGCUCAAGGAAUAUAUUAUGCCGUUGGCGGAAUCGGCAUUGGUCUUGGUUUUCUUGCAACCUCUCAAUUCUUAAACGUUUAUACAUAUAUAAAAAAGCCUGUCUGGUUAACACCGAAUUAUUCGGAAUGGGUUGGCGCUUGGUGGCUUGUCUACGCACUGUGUACAUGUCUCAGUCUGAUUCUUUGUUUACUCCUAUGCAUCUUUGAUAUAAGUCGUCAUCAUCGUUAUUUUGCAUCAAGAAGACCGCGACAAUCGUCAAUUAACCCAACCUUUCAAGUCGUUUCAGCAUCAGCAAUCACUGAAACGCGUGUGUCGCGUGCAAGUUCAUCUGUAACUAAUUUGAGUUUGAGUAUCAAUGGAAUUCAAAAUGAGUCCUUAUUAACGGUCGAACAACCAGUGUCAAGUAUAAAUGAAGAUGAAUCCGCUCAAAACAAAGAUUUUUGCAUUGAUAUGGUAUCAUUAAUCAAACAUUUACUCUUUAAUCUGCGUUAUAUUGGUGUGACUGGAUGUGCUGUUAUUGAAGCUCUGUUAAUUAAAGGCUAUUUAGCUUUUCUAAGUAAACACAUUGAAUAUCAAUUUCGAACAACAUCUUCUCAUUCGAGUGUUUUUAUGGGAGUUAUAUCUUUAUUUUCUGUUAUUUUUGGUACGCCUUUGGGUGCAUAUUUUGUUAAGCGAUUUGAUAUGAACGGUCGACAAUGUGCCAAAUUUUGUUGUAUAGUUUUGGCAGUGUCGUCUAUUAUCUUUCUUGGCCUAAUGCUGCAUUGUCGUGAACCAACUAUUGGUACAACACAUUCCAUGCCUGUUAUUUCUACAGCAUUCGAUGAAGAUUUUUUCGAUGAACCAUUAGUGGAAUCUGAUCGUAUUGAAAGUCCGUGUAAACGAAAGUGCAAAUGCGAUAUGAAUAUUUAUCAACCAGUAUGUGACUUAGCCAAUCAAGAAACGUAUCAAAAUCCAUGUUUACUGGGUUGUCGAAAACUACUCAAAGGAAAAUACGCGGAUUGUUCAUGUUUACCGAAAAAUAGUACAGUUAGUGCUGGGCGAUGUAAAGAGCGUAAAUGCACAAUUAAUCUCGUAAUCACAUUAUGCGGUGCAUUUAUCGUUGUGUUUAUGUCUUGUUGUGUGAUUAUACCGGCACUUAAAUGUACUCUAUACAGUGUUGAAUUGACUCAUCGAGCAUUUUCACUCGGAUUCAAAUCGACGAUAACUAAAUCAUUCGGCUAUCUUCCAGGUACGAUACUUUUCGGUGCAAUUAUAGAUCGCACUUGUAAAACAUGGAUACGCGAAACAUGUGGAUAUAAGUAUCAAUGUAAACAUUAUAAUAAUAAGCGUAUGGCGGUAUCGUUAGCAUUGCUCGGCUUUGGCUUUCGAAGUCUAUCGGCGUUGUUCUGUGGCUUAUCAUGGUAUGCAUAUAGUAAAACAUCAGAUAAAAAGGAAGAGAAAAAAUUGCAAACAAUUGCAACAACAAUCAGUACGAUCACAACCGCAGACAUCUAG